CCUAUAACGCUGUACAUGAAAUGGGUUUCUUUAAAUAUUUUAAGGUGGACCUAACCGGACGCACCCUAACAGUGGUCGUCAAGCACCAACAGUGACGGGCAUAGUAUAGGAGAGGCCGACCAGUCUGGCGCAAGCUCCUUGACAGUUAGCCUCCGCCCAGCUAGUUCAGAGAGACUGGCUGCUACUGUCAACACAAGCGGCAGCAAUGACGGACAAUAUACCGCUACAGCCCGUGAGACACAAAAAACGGCACGACAAUAAACACAGAAAUGGAUGCUGCCCUUGGUCAAGAUGUUGUGGCAUGGGUGACUUCCGGCCACGAACAGUGUGGUUGGGGCAUCCCGAGAAGAGGGAGCAACGUUAUCCCAGGAAUGUGAUCAACAACCAAAAAUACAACUUCUUCACCUUCCUUCCUGGAGUACUAUUCAAUCAGUUUAAGUACUUCUUCAACCUGUACUUCCUGCUUCUGGCCUGCUCGCAGUUUGUCAAUGAAUUGAGACUUGGGGCACUGUACACUUACUGGGUGCCAUUGGGCUUCGUGCUAAUCAUCACCAUCGUGAGGGAGGCAGUGGAAGAGAUGCGGUGUUUUCUAAGGGACAAAGAAGUCAAUUCACAGAUCUACAGCAAGCUCUCCACCAGAGGCACAGUGAAGGUAAAGAGUAGUGGUAUUCAGGUUGGAGAUCUUAUCAUUGUUGAAAAGAACCAGCGGGUCCCUGCCGACAUGAUCUUCCUGCGCACAUCAGAGAGAAACGGUUCCUGCUUUCUGAGGACUGACCAAUUGGAUGGUGAAACAGACUGGAAACUCCGCCUUCCGGUGGCAUGCACUCAGAGAUUGCCCACUGCAGCUGAUCUGCUGCAGAUAAGAGCUUACGUGUACGCUGAGGAGCCCAACAUUGACAUCCACAACUUCAUCGGCACCUUCACCAGAGAGGAUGGAGAUCCCCCAGUAAAUGAGAGUCUGAGCAUUGAAAACACCUUGUGGGCCAGCACUGUCAUUGCCUCAGGGACUGUGGUGGGUGUUGUGAUCUACACAGGGAAAGAGCUGCGAAGUGUCAUGAAUACCUCUAACCCUCGCCACAAGAUCGGUCUGUUUGACUUGGAGGUGAACUGUCUGACCAAGAUUCUUUUUGGGGCACUGGUGGUAGUGUCUCUGGUCAUGGUGGCCCUGCAGCACUUUGCUGGUCGCUGGUACCUGCAGAUCUUCCGUUUCCUGCUGCUCUUCUCCAACAUCGUACCCAUCAGUUUACGGGUCAAUUUGGACAUGGGGAAGAUGGUUUUCAGCUGGAUGAUCCGGAGAGACUCCAAGAUUCCUGGAACUGUGGUACGAGCGAGCACCAUCCCCGAGCAGCUGGGUCGCAUCUCCUACCUGCUGACGGACAAGACAGGCACUCUGACCCAGAAUGAGAUGGUGUUCCGCCGGCUGCACCUGGGCACGGUGGCCUACGGGAUGGACUCUAUGGACGAGGUGCAGAGUCACGUGUUCAGCGCCUACACUCAGCCUCCUCCUGACCACCUGGCCACUCGGGCACCAGCCACCACCAAGGUGCGGAAGACCAUCAGCAGCCGCGUGCACGAGGCAGUGAAGGCUAUCGCCCUGGUGCACAACGUCACACCCGUCUACGAGGCCAACGGCGUCACCGACCAAGCUGAGGCAGAGCAGCACUAUGAGGAUACCUGCAGAGUGUACCAGGCCUCUAGCCCUGACGAGGUUUCCCUGGUGCAGUGGACAGAGAGUGUGGGCCUGACGCUUGUUGGCCGUGAUCAGUCCUCCAUGCAGCUGAGGACCCCUAGUGGACAGAUCCUGAACUUCACCAUUCUUCAGAUUUUCCCCUUCACUUAUGAGAGCAAACGCAUGGGCAUCAUUGUGCGGGAUGAGUCCACUGGGGAGAUCACGUUCUACAUGAAGGGGGCAGAUGUUGUGAUGGCAGGCAUUGUCCAGUACAAUGAUUGGCUGGAGGAGGAGUGUGGUAAUAUGGCCAGAGAGGGGCUGAGGGUGCUCGUGGUGGCCAAGAAGUCCCUAACGGAGGACCAGUACCAGGACUUUGAGGCACGGUAUGUCCAGGCCAAGCUGAGUGUGCACGACCGCUCUCUGAAGGUUGCCACGGUGAUCGAGAGUCUGGAGAUGGAGAUGGAGCUGCUGUGUCUGACCGGCGUGGAGGACCAGCUGCAGGCCGACGUCCGGCCCACGCUGGAGAUCCUGCGCAACGCUGGCAUCAAGGUGUGGAUGCUGACCGGGGACAAGCUGGAGACUGCCACCUGCACUGCCAAGAACGCUCACCUAGUGACCCGCAACCAGGACAUCCAUGUGUUCCGACCAGUGACCACACGAGGAGAAGCCCACCUCGAGCUCAACGCCUUCAGGAGGAAACACGACUGUGCUCUAGUGAUCUCAGGAGACUCUCUGGAGGUGUGUCUGAAGUUCUAUGAGUACGAGUUCAUGGAGCUGGCCUGUCAGUGUCCGGCGGUGGUCUGCUGCCGCUGCGCUCCCACUCAGAAGGCUCAGAUCGUCCGACUGCUACAGGAGCGCACAGGCAAACUCACCUGUGCCGUAGGGGAUGGAGGAAAUGAUGUCAGUAUGAUCCAGGAAGCAGACUGUGGUGUGGGAGUGGAGGGCAAAGAGGGAAAGCAGGCUUCGCUGGCUGCUGAUUUCUCUGUGACUCAGUUUAAGCAUUUGGGCCGGCUGCUUAUGGUUCAUGGCAGAAACAGCUACAAGAGGUCGGCAGCACUUAGCCAGUUUGUCAUCCACAGGAGCUUAUGCAUCAGCACCAUGCAGGCUGUGUUCUCCUCCGUUUUCUACUUCGCAUCAGUUCCUCUUUAUCAAGGAUUCCUGAUCAUUGGAUACUCCACAAUCUACACCAUGUUCCCAGUCUUCUCUCUGGUGCUGGACAAGGAUGUGAAGUCAGAAGUGGCCAUGCUUUAUCCAGAACUCUACAAGGACCUGCUCAAGGGUCGACCGCUCUCCUUUAAGACAUUUCUCAUAUGGGUCCUAAUAAGUAUUUAUCAAGGGAGCAUUAUAAUGUAUGGCGCGCUGCUGCUCUUCGAGUCAGAGUUUGUGCACAUCGUGGCCAUCUCGUUCACGGCGCUGAUCCUAACCGAGCUCCUGAUGGUGGCGCUGACCGUACAGACGUGGCACUGGCUCAUGAUCGUGGCCGAGCUGCUCAGCCUGGCCUGCUACAUCGCCUCACUCGUCUUCCUUCACGAGUUCAUUGACGUGUAUUUCAUCACGACGCUGUCGUUUGUGUGGAAGGUGACGGCCAUCACGCUGGUCAGCUGCCUGCCGCUCUACAUCCUCAAGUACCUGAGGCGUCGCUUCUCCCCCCCCAGCUACUCCAAGCUGACCACUUAGACCCGCACGGACCCCCCCAGAGCAACAGCUGCCCCUCUGCUCACCAACAACCACACACACCUGCAGGGGUUUCACCUGUCUCCAGAGUCACUGGUGUGUGUGUGUGUGUGUGUGUGUGUGUGUGUGUGUGUGUGUGUGUGUGUGUGUGUGUGUGUGUGUGUGUGUGUGUGUGUGUUUGAAAUUCCACUUAUCCACUUAUUCCUCACAGCCUUCUCAAAUAGACCUAUUUAGCAAAUUGAAGAAAAUUGUCCUCACAGAUACAUUGGUAAUUUGUUUAAGAAAGAUUGAGUUGAGUUUUUAGGUUCUUAUUUAUUUUUUAAUAUUAAUGAGGGUACUACUAAUGAUUUGCACAUUUGCACUGACAUCAGUGGUAAGAGUUCAAACACUGGGACAAAAACUAUCAUGCACCUAUAUACAUCCCUUUUGGAGAAUUAGAUGAGAGAGUGCGAGAGAGAGUGUGUGGCUGUUUGUGUGUGUGCAUGUGUGUGUGUGAGUGCAUGAGCAAUAGAGAGCAAGAGACUGAUUUCCCGGUCACUGAAUGGUCAGACAGUAGGAAAAAUGACCAGCCUUUGGCCACAAACUAUGGGCUAUUUCCACAUGAACACAGUCCAGUCCAGCAGUCACCCCAUCAGCCUGGACAUCUGAAGGGGAUGGCAUCCUCAAUGCGUGGGUACGCAUCCCGUGUUUAUUUGGGUUUGUUGCGUCCUUACGAGCAUGUGUGUGUGUGUGUGUGAGUGUGUGUGCGCGUAUUUGCGUAGGCGUCCAAUGACGUUUUGUCUUCUUUCACCCACUGUCAGCCCUCACACAUACACCUACUUGACUUGAAGGACAUGCAAACCUAUGUCAUUGUAAAGGUUACUGCUUACUCACACUGUAUUUCGGAUGGAGUUUCUGCUUGACCCCGGUGUUCAGGGAAGACUCAGCAUGUUUGAGUGUGUAAAUACUUGAAUGCCCUUGUGAUGUACAAUUAACAGUUCAUUGACCUUCUUUCUCAUAAUGUGGUUUUAUUAAUAACUAACAACUGUCAGGGAAAGCUAUGAUUUGUGUGUGUGUGUGUGUGUGUGUGUGUGUGUGUGUGUUUGUGCGUGUGGUGUGUUUGAAAACAGCGUGCCAACACUGCUCAGCCAACACUGGUCAUAUCUGUCCUCUAUUUUAGUGUGAUAGGGUGCAGUCAGUCACUUGACAUGCAACGCCUGCAUGAAAUUGCUGUUGCCAUGACACACUCAUGUGAAAGGAAGCUUGUGUAUCAACGGCCUAAUUCACCUUAAAGUAAACAUCAUGCAGGACAGUCCUCCGGGAUUGUCAUGAUAUUCAUCCGAGAUCUUUUCACUGUCCACUCUGCGUUGUGGCUGCUGGUUGUAGCAAACCCAGUAGGCUUUCUGACAGAGAGCUGCCUUUACCUGUGCAGUUGCUCCUCUCUCUUGGCCGUCCAGACCCUGUCCCCCUGUCUAAUCAGCUGAUUCUGGUUUUGCACGUGGUUAGGUCCGGUACUCUGAGGACCCGGGUCAAAGGUCACUCAGUUCUGACAGGAGGGUUUUAUUUAUUUCUGUUUUAUUGUGACAAGUUGCAGUGUUUGUCAGUGUAAUGUAAUGAUCUAGCAUUUGUGUUUACUUAAUGGUAAGUGUUCAAUGCUGAAUUGUAAAUAAUAACAAAGUACCUUUAAUUUAUUAACUUUUCUUACGUUGUGUUGGUAUUUGCACUCAAACUAGCAGAACAAAAGGGACAAUGUGUCAAUAUCAAUGCUGAAAGAAUUAAAAGGUGUGUUUUCUUA